GUCAUGACCCAGCAACGGACUUUAUCGGCGCUGAUAAGGCCUCCGCUUUAAUUGUCACAAAUAAGAUAAAGCUGUUUACGAGGAGCGCCGGUUUCAGUUUAAUACUCCUAUUUGAACAACGACCGCGCCGGUACUUAGUAUGCAUCGCGUAGUGUGUCGCGGCUUGUUGUCUCUGCAGCAUACAACCACGAGAGUGAUCAUGGCUCGCAACGGAUCGUUCCUUAUUCAAGACCCUAAAUACUCCUUCCUUAAGGAGCUCGGGCUCAGUGAUAAAAAUGUCGGCGUGUUCAACGGGAAAUGGGAGGCUAGUGGACCGGUGAUCCAGUCGUACAGCCCAGCCAACGGCAAAGUGAUCGCGGAGGUCCAGACAGCUACCACCAGCGACUAUGAGAGGAGCGUGGUGGCGGCGCAGGAGGCGUGGCACAUGUGGGGAGAGAUGCCGGCGCCCGCGCGGGGCGAAGUCGUCAGGCAGAUCGGGGACGCGUUAAGAGAGAAGCUCCAGCCUUUGGGGCAGCUUGUCUCUUUGGAAAUGGGUAAAAUCCUGCCCGAAGCCAUCGGAGAGGUAGUAGAAUACAUCCACGUGUGCGACCUGGCCCUGGGACUGUCCCGCACGUUACCCGGGACAAUCAUCCCAUCGGAGCGGCCGGGACACGUGCUGCUCGAGAAAUGGAACCCACUGGGACUGAUUGGCGUCAUCACGGCGUUCAACUUCCCUGUCGCUGUGUUUGGGUGGAACAGCGCUAUUGCUAUGGUAUGCGGCGACGUAAGCGUAUGGAAGCCCUCAGACACAACCCCCUUAACCGCGGUAGCCGUCACCAAGAUUGUUGAAAGCGUGCUCCAAAAGAACAACCUCCCCGGCGCUAUCGCAUCUCUCUGUGUGGGAGGGAGAGACAUCGGUGAAACUCUCGUCAAGGACCACAGGAUGAAGCUGGUGUCUUUUACUGGAAGCACUGCUGUUGGUCAGCAGGUGGGCGUGGAAGUGCAGCGCCGCUUCGGGCGCCACCUGUUAGAGCUUGGCGGCAACAACGCGAUCGUCGUCAACGCGGACGCCAACCUGGAUCUCCUGCUCAACGCCGCGCUCUUCGCCUGCGCCGGGACCGCGGGCCAGCGCUGCACUACUACUAGGCGCCUGCUUAUACACAACAAGGUAUACAGCGAAGUAGUCUCCCGCCUGAAGAAGGCAUACGCAGGCGUGGUCAGCAAAAUCGGAGACCCGCUGCUGUCUGAGACUCUGAUCGGGCCGCUGCACACGCCCGCCGCCGUCGAGGCGUACAAGAAGACUGUGGCGGAAAUCGUCAAGCAGGGAGGAACUAUCGAAUUUGGAGGAAAAGUGAUCGAACGCGAAGGCUACUUCGUAGAGCCGACCAUCGUGACUGGUCUACCACACGACUCUCCCUUGGUCAAGAGCGAAUGCUUCGCGCCAAUCGUUUAUUGCAUCCCGAUCCCCGACUUGGAUACUGGAAUAGCAUACAAUAAUGAAGUGGAGCAGGGCCUGUCGUCCAGUGUGUUCACGGAGAACCUUGGAGACGUAUUCAAGGUAUGUAUGAAGUGUAUUUAUAUGGAGUUUGAGAUGCAGUUUGACGACAUCGUUAUUUGGUUUGACGGCUAGGGUAAUUGUGAUACC